GAUAUUCCCUACUUUGAAGGCUACAUAAGGGCCUGUUGAUUAUUGCUGGAACCAGGUGAUAGAAAGAGAGCUUUGCAAGAAGCACGCACUACAGCGUUCUACUCAAGCCAAGGUUUUCGGCGGGUCGAUCUUGGUGGUGUUUGUUGUUCCUUGUGACCGGUGUUCAGUUUUCGGCGUGAGGACAUGGUUAGCAAGACGGUGGUGUUGGCCCUGGCGCUGCUGCUGGUGGCGGCAGCGGCCACCUUCCUGGGGGUGUUCUUCGGAGUCAGCAGUCCCUCCGAGGGGGGCUUCUCCAGGGCGGCCGUGGCCGCGGACGCCGGGCUCUGCUCCGAGAUCGGGAGAGACAUGCUGCAGAAAGGCGGGUCUGCGGUGGACGCCAUGAUCUCCUCCCUGCUGUGCGUGGGCAUCGUGAACCCACACAGUGCGGGUAUCGGCGGGGGGCUGUUCAUAACCAUCUACAACGGAACCACGGGCACAGUGGAAACCAUUGAUGGAAGAGAAGUUGCUCCGGGGAAUGCCACCGAAAACAUGUUUGGGACCGACAAAGAUUUAUCCCGGACAGGCGGACUGGCCAUUGCUGUACCAGGAGAAAUUCGAGCUUUCGAAAUGGCACAUCAACGUCAUGGCAAACUACCAUGGAGAGACUUGUUCCAGCCGUGUAUUGAACUGGCAAAAAAUGGGUUUCCUAUGGGUUCUGCGCUAGCUGGUGCUAUCAAGGAGUACAAGGAUGCCAUCUUAAAGGACCAGGCCUUAUGUGCGGUGUUUUGCGGGGCUAAUGGGACCUUGUUGAAAGAAAACGAUACAGUGAAAAACCUCAAACUGGCAGAGACCUACCGCAGGAUAAGCGAAGAGGGGGCAGAUGCCUUCUAUGUGGGACCCAUGGCUGAAGCCCUUGUGAAGGAUAUUCAGGCCAAAGAUGGCAUCGUGACCUUGGAGGACCUGAGGGAUUACAGGCCGGUUCUGGAUGAAAACCCCUUGAAGGUCAACAUUGGGGGGUACACCAUGGUGACUCCCAGCGCCCCCGCCAGCGGGCCGGUCCUGUCCCUGCUGCUGCUCAUCUUGGAGGGCUACAGUUUCUCGGCGAAGAGCGUGUCGAGCCCCGAGGCGCGGGUGCUGACCUACCAUCGCGUGGUGGAGGCCUUCCGCUUCGCCUACGCCAAGAGAACGCUGCUCGGAGACCGCCACUUCCUGAACAUCACCGACCUGAUCCAGAACAUGACCUCGACCUGGUUCGCCAGGGGCCUGCGGGAUCGCAUCACGGACAACACCACGCAUCACAUGAACUACUACGAGCCUGAGUUCUACAUGCCCGACGACGCCGGCACCUCCCACCUCUCCAUCGUAUCUGAGGACGGCAGCGCAGUCGCGGCCACCAGCACCAUCAACACCUUUUUUGGCUCCAAAGUCAUGUCCUCCACUGGAAUCCUCCUCAACAACGAGAUGGAUGACUUCAGCUCCCCAAACAUCACCAACGCCUUCGACCUCCCGCCCUCACCCAGAAACUUCAUCCGGCCUGGAAAGAGGCCCAUGUCGUCCAUGGUUCCUACCAUCCUCCUCGAUAAGGACAACAGAGUUAAGAUGGUGGUGGGGGGCUCGGGGGGCAGCAAGAUCACCACCGCCAUCGCACAGGUUAUCCUGAAAGCGCUGUACUUUAACUUUGAUUUGAGGACAGCAGUAGGGGAGGCCAGACUCCAUAAUCAGCUGAGCCCCAACGCGACCACGGCCGAACCUGGCUUUGACAUGAAAGUGCUGGAGGGCCUGGCCCUGAAAAACCACGAGACGAAGGCCCUCAAGUCAACGGGGGCGGUGAUCCAGGCGGUGGUUCGCCAUGGCAACCGCCUCCACGCUCAGUCAGAUCCCAGGAAAGGGGGCUACGCCGCCGGGUACUAGUCUAGUUAGAUGCCUACCCCCCCAGCAUCAUGAAGAGAAUGACUCACUGUGGAACAAAAGCAGGACCAGGUGUGGAUGUCAUCCGUCCCCAAACAGCAGCUCAGUCCUCGGGGAAACGUGCUCCUUGUCUCCGCCGACAGCAAGUUGUUGUUUUUUACAGAUGGAUUAUGACUUUGUUGUAGGUUCGCUGUACUUCAGUGCAGUUCCUUUUUUUUUUUUUUUUAAGACUGCGUACUCUGACAAAAGUGGUUUAGAUCAAACAUAACUAAUAUUUAAUGUGUUUUGAAGAUUGUCCAUUUUGCUAUGAUCAAAAUGUCCCUGCCAUACUCAUGGUAACUAAUAUGACACUACAUAUUUCACUUUCUUUUUCAUCAAGUAUUAUGGUGCUCAUUGUGCUGUAAAUAAAGAACCCCAUCCAAUGACAUUCAUAUUUUAUAAAUAUAACUAUUAUAUCAUAAUAUAGUACAAUAAAACACCCAUAUCCUACAGUCACCAUUGUGCCAUGUUUAUAGAUAUUCUACAUUCUGCAUUUACGUUGGAAACAUCCUCUGAACACAACAACAUGUGUACUUAUAUUCCAGCAGGUUCACCAAGCACACAGACGCCUAGCAGUUGCAGUAUUUACAGUAUUUAACGGAAUCCGGGAACAAAUAUUAAUGUACACCUGCUAAAUGUAUAGCAGGUGUUGCUAGGCAACCUAGGUUUAGUCAAACAAGCCUAUAACCUGUCGACACACUGUAAAAUGUACAAAGUGUAAGAGUUAUUUAAAUGUUUCUGUAAACUAACAAUAAAGAAGUUGGUACAUUUUA